AUGUGUAUAUCCAUGCCAUCUUCAAGGCAGCUACAGAUACUAAGCAUUGUUUGUAAAACCACAGAUCUAAGGUUUCCUGUGAAUGUGAAUGCAUCAGUAAUCAAACACAUCAAAACCUAUGUGCAGAAAUCACCCAAUGCUCCACCAUUGAGUCUUGGUUUUUGGAAUGGUGACAUAGAUUUGUGCUACAAAGAUGGAGCCAUUCCUUACAACAUAUUUCCAUUUGUAGCCUUAGAGUUUGCUGAGAAUGAUCAACAGUCUUUCAAAAUCAUUGUAGCUCCACAGCAAUACAUUAAAUCUGUUGGUAAAAAAGAUGACAACAACCCAGAUGAAAUAUGUUUCAAGCUUGGUAUUGCAAACUCCACAUCAGGCACAGUGAUUGGAGCCGUGAUAAUGGAGGGGUUUUACGUGAUUUUUGAUCGACAGAACAACAGAAUUGGGUUUUCAGAUACAACAUGUCCUGCAGUGGCCCAGAUGUACAACAAGUCACAUGUGUCUGGGCCUCACAAAUUUUCAGGUUCAAUUGAAAACUGUGCCUAUGCCAAACCAGAGAAGUCCAACCAAACCCUGGUGAUUGUGGCGUACGUAUUAGCGGGGAUCUGUGGAGCCUGUAUUCUGCCUUUGUUUAUUCUCUUUAUUCAGUAUCAAUGGCGGACAUCAAAGUGUUACGAGAAAAUGAAGAGACAGAAUUCUGAUGGAGACUCCAAUGACUUAAUUGACGAACCAAACUUUAUGCAUGAUUCUUAGAUGAUUUUUGAUGUGGUAGUGUCUACUAGUGAUCGGGGUUAAAUUUAUCUAUGGUAGAUUAUUACUAGAUAUUCUUUGACUGUUGAAUAAUUACUUUCAGAAUUCUAGUGGGAAGUGUUUACUUUAAUUUUAGUUAAAAGUUAUUAUUAUUCUCUGUGUUAAUCAUGAGUAUGUCCAUGCCAUCUUUAAGGUCUGUAUAGAAAUUCGUAAUCUUCAUAUUUGUAGAUACUUGACACUGUAAUCAAAAUUUCAAUUCAUGUAGGCUAUUGUAUAAGGCAUAAUAUGGUUGUUUAAUUUAAAAAAAAUAUAGUUUGACUA